AUGAACCCCCCCGGCGUGCCCCCGUUCCACGCCCAGCAGCCCUUCCCGCCGCACUUCGCCAACGCCCCCGCCUACCACCCACUCCAGCAGCAGCAGCAGCAACAGCCACCCCAGCAGCUCGCCCAGCACCCGCAACAACAACAGCAGCAGCAGCAUGCGCAGCACGGCCUGCACCAGCAGGUGCCCUUCUAUCCCGCCCCGGGCCUCUACGCCCACGAUCCCACGCCCCAGCUGCAGCCGCCGCAACAGCAGCACCAGCAGCCCUUCGCCCAUGCCGCCCACGCCAUGCCGCCGCAGCCCGCCGCCGCGCCCAUCAUGAUGUCGCCCGCCCAGCUGCCGCAUAACCGUGAGUCUGAGUCUGCCAUUGCCGCCUCGCUGCGUCUGACACCCCCUCUAGCUGUCGCCCAUCACCCCGGCUUCUCGCAGCCGCCGUUCUCGCACCCCGGCAUGCCCGCCGCCGGCCCCCAGCUCGCCCACAACAACAACAACAAUACCGCUGCCUUCGCGCAGUCCAUGCCCAUGCCCGUGCCCAUGCCCAUGGCCAGCGCUGCCAUGCCGCGCCCUGCCUUCACCACGCCCGCCCGCCCGCCGCCGCCGCUGCCCGGCCAGCCCGCCGUGCACACGCCCACCGCGCCGCAGUUCCAGCCCUCCCCGUCGCCGCACUCCCCGCAUCCUCCCGCCCAGGCUGCCCACGCCGCCGCCGCGGCUGCUCGCGAGAAGGCCCGCGUCACCGUGCUGCUCGACAUCAACUCCGCGCUGCUCCAGGAGGUCGUGCACCUGCAGGCCACCGGCAAGGCCGGCGUCGCCAACCAGCCCACCACCACCACCACCACCAACAACCCGUCGCCCGAUCCCAGCGCCGCCAAACCCACCACCAAGGCCUCGCCCGCGUACGUCGACUGCAUGCGCCGCCUGCAGGCCAACCUCGCCUACCUGGCCACCAUCGCCGACCGCGCCAAAAAGGCCGGCGCCCACGCCCCCGCCGCCCCGGCCAUCAUGACCCCGCCGCCCAGCUUGCCCGCCCUGCAGCCCGCCUACGCCCAGCUCAACGACCUCUUCCCCCCCGCCGCCGCCGCCGCCGCUGCCCCUGCCGCCAAGGGCCCGCUGCCGCCGCGCCCUGCUGCGCCCCAGCCCAUGCCGCCCCACGCCCAGCCCUUCGUCGCCAUGGAUGGCAUCCCGGGCUCCGUCGGCGCCAUCGCCGGCUGA